AUGCCCCUGUCCUACACGCCGCGCCGCUUCGUGCCCCUGCCGCCGGCCGUGCUGCCCUCCGCCGGGCACGGCGCAGGAGACCCGAUCAUGCUGGCCGUACUCGAAGCGGACCACAACGCCUACAACGAGGAGACCAAGCGCGAGAUUCGGGCCGCCCUGAAGAAGAUCAAGCUCACGCGCGCCGCGGACGACGAACUGGACGACGUGAAGGACGAGAACGAGAACGAGGAGGAGGACCUGCCGGAGGCGCAGGUGGGCACCUUCAAGGCGGGCGAGGGCAAGUGGGGCUCCUGCGUCAGGAUCAUCAACCCUUCCAAUCUUAGCGCUGUAUUCAAGCUUGACCUCGACAUCGACGAGGCUGCCCUGUGCCUCACCGUGUGCUACUUCUCGCAGCUCGCGAACCAGCCCUGCCUGGUCGUGGGCACCGUCUACAACAUGACACUAUACCCACGGCACGCGCCGAAGGCCACCAUCAAGACCUACAUGUAUGACGAGAGGUACCACCUUCAGCUGAUCCACUCCACGCCCCUGGACGACGUGCCCCUGUGCCUCUUCCCCUUCGAGGGCAGGCUCCUCGCGAGCGUGGGCAAGGCGCUGCGAAUAUACGAGCUCGGCAAGCGAAAGCUGCUCAGGAGGGACUGCGAGUACAAGAACAUACCUGAGGGCAUCAUGUGGAUCCACGUCAAGGGCGAGAAGAUAUCCGGGGCACGGCCGGCGGAUAUACGGCGGACCUCCGGGAGUCUUUCCACAUAUUCAAGUACCGCCGCAGCGACAACCAGCUCUUCGUGCUCACCGACGACUCGGCGCCGAGGUGGAUGA